AUGGCGGUCGGCGUUACGGCCACAGUUACGGCGAUCGACGAGAAAGAGCAUUCUCAUUCCCGACCAAGCACACCCAGCAGCUCCAGCUCGUCGAGUGUGCUAUCGCUGACCCAGAAAUACAGCAAUCGCGUCGUGCUAACCACCUACCCGGGACAGAGCGUCGCCGACCCGAUUCCUCUACAAUGGGGCGCCGCAGACCCCCAGACAAGAGGGCCGAUCAUCGUGUCCCGGAGCUUUGACAGCUUCAAGCGACGCAACGCGAUCGGCGCCCAUGGCGGGAGUUACAGCUUCUACAACGCACUGGCCGUGGCUGCUGGCGACUUGCCGCGCGAUUUCCGCCCCGACCUCACAAACACACAACCGACCUUCGACUUCGCCCCGCAACCUGCCUGGUCCGAUCCGACCAAGAUCGUCUCCAUGGACCCGUACGGACACGACAUUGUCAAGUACUUUGGCAACCACCUCGCCGCCGGAUUGGACGUGCGCCCCACCAUCGCCAUCACGCGGGCCACGAUGCGCGUGGCCGAGAUCACCGACGCCCUCCGACAAAACAGACUGCAGGUUGACGGCAAAAUCGUCCUCAACGACGCGGGCGAUGUCCGCGUGACCAAAGUCGCAGUCGAACCCGUGUGGCAUCUCCCCGGUGUGGCCGAGCGCUUUGGAGUGGAUGAGACGACGUUGCGGCGAGCCCUGUUCGAGCACACUGGAGGGAGCUACCCGGAAUUCAUCACGAGAACUGAUCUGAGCGUGUUUCUGCCACCGAUCGGUGGGCUGACUGUCUACAUCUUUGGCCCGCCCGAGCGAGUGUCGGACCCGAGCGUCAAAUUGGCCCUUCGCAUCCACGACGAGUGCAAUGGUUCCGAUGUGUUCCAAUCAGACAUUUGCACAUGUCGCCCAUACCUUGCCUUUGGGAUCGAAGAGGCCCUGAAGGAGGCACAAGCCGGAGGCUCUGGGGUGGUCAUCUAUUUCCGAAAGGAAGGCCGUGCCUUGGGCGAAGUGGUCAAGUAUUUGGUGUACAAUUCGAGGAAACGCGGAGGGGACACUGCCGAUAAGUAUUUUCAGCGAACUGAAGCCAUUGCUGGUGUCAGAGAUAUGCGCUUCCAAGCUCUCAUGCCAGACAUACUACACUGGCUGGGCAUCAAAAAGAUCGACCGUAUGCUGUCCAUGUCCAACAUGAAGUACGAUGCGAUAGUAGGACAAGGCAUCCCCAUCCACGAGCGAGUUCCCAUUCCCGACCACCUUAUCCCCACGGAUUCCAGAGUCGAAAUCGACGCCAAAAUCAAUGCCGGCUACUUCACGACGGGUAAGUCUUAUAGUGAGGAGGAGUUAAAGGAGAUCAAGGGCAGAGGGUGGCAAGGCUGGGAGGAUACCACGCAUUGA